AUGUCCGUUUUUGGUUCGUUGAUGGGCAACAUGGAAGACGAUCCAAUUUUCGGUUCUCACAUGAGGCACAUGCGUCAAAUGAACAACAUGAUGAAUUCCCUGUUUUCUGAUCCCUUUGGCAUGAUGGGGGGGCCCAUGAUGGGGUUCGGAGACUUCGAAAAUCGUGCACUCACACACCGUCACCACAACUCUCUCAUGUCGCCUUUUUCAAUGCCAGUUAUGCCCAACUUCAACCGACUUUUGAGCGGUUCUCUGGACUCUAUGCCCAAUGCUGGAAACUACAGCAGCUCCAGCACUGUAAUCAGCAUGACUUCUGGUCCAGAUGGUCGUCCCCAGGUGUACAAAGCUACUUCGAGUACUAGAGUGGCUCCUGGGGGCAUCAAAGAGACCCAAAAAACAGUGACAGACUCUGUUACAGGCACAAAAAAGAUGUCUAUUGGGCAUCAUAUUGGAGAGAGGGCUCAUAUCAUUGAGAAAGAACAGAAUAUGAUAACUGGGGAUAGAGAGGAAAGGGAGGAUUUGAUUAAUAUAGAUGAGGAUGAGAAGGAGUGUUUCAACAAUGAGUGGGAGACCAAGACCUAUUCUAGGUCUGAGAUUCCAAGGAUUACUGGUAGCUCUUCUAGAAACAGACAUUCUUAUGUUCCUGCUAUUACUGCUGGACCCAGUAGUCGCCGGCACAAGGAAAGGUCUGCCUCCCAGCUGGUAUCUGCCCGUAGAAGUAUAAGGUCCCCACAGGUAGCAUUGCCCACAUCAAGUACAACUAGGUAGGCAGGAA